UCACGUGACAGUGUGUAGUUUCAAGAUGGCUGCGGAGGAUCUCCCAUCUCAAUUUGAUGUUGUCAUUCUCGGAACAGGCCUCACCGAGUCUGUCAUUGCGGCGGCCUGCUCCAGAGUCGGACAGAGUGUUCUGCAUUUGGACAGGAGGAACUACUAUGCUGGAAACUGGGCAAGCUUCACAUUCAAUGGCCUGCUCUCGUGGAUCGAGGAAUAUAAGAAUCAGCAGGAGGUACAGAUCGCAGAGUCGGAGCAAGUAUGGCGAAGCUUGAUUGACGAGGGAGAGGAUGUGAUGCCUCUCAGCUCCGUGGACUCCUCUAUUUCCAACUUAGAAGUCUUCUGUUAUGCCAGCGAGGAAGAAGAGAAAGAUGAAACGAAGACCCCGUUAACAAGCUGUCAGCCAGUGAAUGCCGAGACUGAAUCAGAAGAGACCAAAGGAGGCUCUACAGAGGCUCAAGACACGUUUACAGGUGAUGACGCCACAGAAUCCAAUGCUAAGACCCAGAACGAGGAGCAUCAGGAGCAGCAUAACUCAGAGAUUGGAGAACCCAGCCAAUCACAGGAAGAGAAAGAGCCACAGCCAAUCAGCAGCCCAGCAGAUCCACCUGUGGAGGUGGAAAAGAAGAUAACAUAUCAAAAGUUGUUAAAAGAAGGACGCAGGUUCAACAUCGACCUUGUCUCCAAGCUGAUGUAUUCACGUGGUGCAUUGGUGGAUCUGCUCAUCAAAUCUAAUGUGAGCCGUUACGCAGAGUUCAAGAACAUCAGCCGCAUCCUCACCUGCAGAAAUGGAAAAGUGGAGCAGGUCCCGUGUUCGCGAGCUGAUGUGUUUGCCAGUAAGCAGCUGACUGUGGUGGAGAAACGCAUGCUGAUGAAGUUUCUUACCUUCUGUCUGGACUUUGAGCAACACCCAGAGGAGUUCCAGGACUACUCUGAGAAACCAUUUAGUGAGUUCCUGAAGAACAAGAAGCUCACUGAGAACCUGCAAGACUUCGUCCUGCACUCCAUCGCUAUGGUGACGCAGCAGACCCUCACAGAGGAAGGACUGAAGGCCACGCAACACUUCCUGCGAUGCUUGGGUCGCUACGGCAACACUCCCUUCCUGUUCCCCCUCUACGGCCUGGGAGAAAUACCACAAUGCUUUUGCAGAAUGUGUGCCGUAUUUGGAGGAAUUUAUUGUCUUCGGCACUCAGUGCAGUGCCUGGUUGUGGACAAGGGAUCCAACAAAGUUAAAGCGGUGAUUGAUACACGCGGUCAGAAGAUCAGCUGCAGUCAUUUUGUGGUUGAAGAUUCGUACAUCAGAGAUGAACAAAGACAGAGCACAGCGUACAGGCAGAUAUCUCGAGCAGUGCUCAUCACAGACAGAUCUGUGCUGCCUUCAGAAUCUGAUCAGCAGAUCUCGUUGGUGACGAUUCCUCCUCUGGGAUCUUCUGCACCAGCUGUGAGGAUGGUGGAGCUCUGUUCCUCCUCCAUGACCUGCAUGCCUGGCACCUAUUUGGUCCACUUGACCUGUUCAUCCUCUGGUACGGCCCAAGAAGAUCUUGCUCCAGUUGUAUCUCAAUUGUUUGACGUUCCCGCCAUUCCUGGAGAGGAACCUUCUGGAGGUUUGGAGAAGAGAAGCAAGCCUGCAGUGCUGUGGGUCAUGUACUUCAACAUGAGGGACACGUCGGCCCAGGACAGCAGCAGCUACAGCCUGCCGAGCAACGUUCACGUCUGCACCGGUCCCGACAGCAGCCUGGGCAGCGACUACUCCAUUAAACUGGCUGAAUCAGUGUUUCAUGAUCUCCUCCCUGAUGAAGAUUUCUGUCCGCCUGCACCUAACCCAGAGGACAUCAUCUACGACGGAGACGGCCCGCAGGCCGAAGGGUCAGGGUUUGAUGAGAGUAAUAACACGGAAGAGGAUAAAAGCCAGGCCGAGGAAGAGAAGAGUCCGUCGACUGAGAGCUCUGAACCUGCAGAGAUGGACAGUGUUACCCAGGGGACACCGCUGGACACGAGCCCCCCCUCUGAAGAAUAACCCCUUUAGAGACUCUUCAUUUCCUCUACAAUCACCAUUUCACUGAGCAUAUGGAAUCC